AUGGAUGAUUUCGAUUCAAAAAGUUUAAAUACAUCCCAACUAUUAAGACAGAUAUCAUAUUCAGAUAACUUAUCUUCGGUUGGAAGCGAAAAAAGAUCAAAUCAUCAUAGACUAAUCAAUUCACAAGAAGGUGAAGGGGAAAAUCAUAUUAAUAAUAGUAUAAUAAAUGAUUUAGAUAACACUAACUCAGUAGCAUCCAUCUAUGGUAGCGGAGGAAGUGUACCAAAUCAACCACAUCAUCAUCUAACUUUAUCUUUACAACAACAACAAGAAUUUCAACAAAUACAACAACAGCGCCAACAAUAUAGUUUAGAUUCUGAAUAUACUCCUCCAAAUAUAUAUAUAUUAGAUCCAGAUUUUUUAGAAAGAAUUCAAAAUAAUCAAAAAAAUAAUAUCGAUCAAUUAAACAAAACAACUAAAACGAUCGUUGAAUUAUCAUCAGGAGUAACAAAAAAUGAAACGACAUAUAUAGAAACACCAGAAGAAAACGAAACUGAAAAUAGAAUAAUGAGACAAGAGCUCUUAUCGGAACUUUCAACAUUAGACUCUUUUACAAAAAUAACGAAGCCAGGUGAAUUGUUUGGGUUCUGCGAAUGCACAUUACUUUAUAAUCAUCUUACAAUUACCAAUUUAAUUAUUACUUCAAAUUAUUUAGUAUUUUUACCACAACAACAAGUCUCAAAAGAUUAUGUUUUAGAAAACUAUCUUCAAAAGAAGGGUGAUUUUUUUUGGCGUAAAUAUUGGUUCGUUUUAACAACAGACUCAAUCAGUUGGUAUAAAAACUCUAUUUUAAAAGAAACUCACUAUCCAAAUGGCACCAUUUUAUUAUCAAAAAUUGUAACAGUCGAUAAACUAUCUCCUGAUGAAACAGGUAAACCUCUAUGUCUCCAAAUUAUAACCAACACUCAAAUCCAUUUAAUUCAAUUCGAUACAGAACCGCAACUAGAUCACUGGUAUGAUGAAAUUAAUAGAAUGCAAAAAAAUUUGAAGAUCUCAAUUUCAUUUAACGAUAUCGUUUCAAUUGCAAUGGAGUCAAAUGCAGCAUUGUUUUCAGAUUCAAUAUGCCUUACAUUAAAGAAGGGUGAAAAUUGUUUAGUUACCCCAGUUUCGUCGUCAAAUGAAUUUUAUAGUUUAUUGGUUAAAAUAUGGAAUAGAAAUCGUGGAGUUCAUAUUACCGAUUCAGAAAAACAACGUAAAAUGCUCGAAUUUCAAAAAACAUUUAAACUAUCUCAAGGUGUAAAUAUUAUAACCGAAACACCAUGCACAUUUUAUCAAGAUGAAGAGUUCUCAUAUGAUGGUAUUUUAUAUGCAACAAAUGACUCACUUUAUUUCUCUUCUGAAGAUAGUGUAUUGAUUAUACCUGAUACCGAUAUUUUAGCAAUUACCAUAGAUAGAAAGGAUAAUAGAGAAAGCUUUAAAAUAUAUACAACCGAUUACGAAAUACUUCACUUUGACAAUAUCGAUAAUAUUGAAAACUUUUAUAGUGCGAUUACAGAACCAUUAAAAAAUAAAAAUUCUAAAAUAUUCUUCAGCUCAAUUGGCCAAGCACCACCAAUCGCAUCAAUUAAUAAACAAAAAACUUCAGGAAUUAGAUCAUGGAAAAUUCCCUUUGGAAUUGCAAAUAUACCAAUACCUAAUUUUUCAAUACCUAUUCCAAUUCCAAAAAAUAUACCAUUUAUGAAAUCAAAAUCGACAAAUAACAUUGAUCCAAUAUCAAAUAAUAAUCAACAACAACAGCAACAAACAUCACAACUAACACAAUCCCAAGCUAUAGAGGACAAUAAUAAUAAUAAUAAUAAUAAUAAUAAUAAUAAUAUUGAUAAUAAACAUGAAAAAACAAUUUUAAUUCAAAAAAACUCAAAUAUAAAUUCAAAGUUUCACGAUAUAUUCCCAUUGUUGCCAUUAGAUGAAACUGUUAUAAUGCAUCAGCACUGCACCCUAUAUUAUUAUUCAUAUGAUUCAAAUGUUGAAGGAACUGUAUAUAUAACAAAAUCAUAUAUUGCAUUUAAUCCAUCCCCACUUUCAAAGCAAAACUUAAAUCACUCACCAUCAAGUACAUACGAUUCGGACUCAGACUCGGACUCGGAUUCAGAUUCAGAUAUUUCAGAUGAUUUCAAUACCGACGAUAACAAUAAUAAUGUCGAAUUAGAUAAGAAAUUAAAAGAAAGAGAGAUUUUAAUGAGAAAAGCUUUAAUUCCAUUUGAAGAUAUUGUCAGUAUCACCAAAGAAAAAUUUGCAUUACUUUUUAAUCAAUGUGUAAAAAUUCAUACAAAUGAUCACAAGUGGAUUUUUGGCUCAUUAAACAAUUUAAAUAGUUUUUACAAUUUAGUUUUAGAUACAUGGAAACAAAUCCCAUUAACAGAAAACGAAGGAAUAUUUACCCCAUUAGAAAAUGUCAAAAUCAAAAAUAAAUUGGGUUUGCCUGCCGAGGAGAAUUUAAUCACUUGGUUCAACUGUACAAAUUUUAAAGGUGCCCAAUUAAAAUAUGGAUUUUUGUAUAUUAGCAAUCAUCACAUUUGCUUUAGAUCCAAAUUUGGGUUCCAAAAGAGAACAAUUAUUAUUCCUUUCUCUCAAGUAAUUGAAAUUAAAAAAUACUCUGUCUUAAUCCCAAAUGGAAUUAAAAUCACAACAUCAGCCCAACAAGAUUUCCAAUUUGCCUCUUUCAUCCACCGUAACAAAGUUUAUCAAAUUUUACAUGAUACCUGGUUAAAAUCAAAAAAAUCAAAUAGUAAUUUAUCAUCACCAGUUUUAGACUAUCAAUUAAUAUCACCACCGAUUCAACCAGAACAACAACAACAAUCAUCACAAACUCCAAAACCUCAACCAAUUCAAUUAAACAAUGAGCAACCAUCAGUAUUAAAUGAUGAAAAACAAUUACCAACAACCCUACCAAAAAUCAAUUUAAGUUUACCAACAUCCUCAACACCAAAUACUCCAUCUAGCUCAUUUUUAUCCCCAAGAUCCCAAGUAUCAUCAUCAUCCAUAUCCUUAACCUCACCAACUUUAAAUUCAGCAACACCAAAUAUUCAGUCUCCAACUCUUCCAAUUCGUCCACUAAAAAUUACAAUUUUAACCAUUGGCUCAAGAGGUGAUGUACAACCUUAUAUAGCCCUAGCAUUAGGUUUAAGAGAUUAUGGUCAUUAUGUUACAUUGGCAAGUCACGAAUUAUAUAGGGAUUGGAUUAGUAAAGAUCAUGGUUUGAACUAUAAACAUUUAGGUGGCGAUCCUAAAGAGCUUAUGGAUCUUUGCGUUAGAAAUGGUAUAUUUACACCAAGAUUUAUUAAAGAAGCGUUACACAGAUUUAGAUCAUUUAUAGAUGAUCUUUUAUUAACAUGUUGGGAAGCUGCACAAGGUUCUGAAGUUUUAAUUGCAACACCUGGUUGCUUCGCUGGACCACAUAUUGCUGAAGCUCUUCAAAUACCAUUCUUUAACUCUUUUACUAUGCCAUUCACCAGAACUAGAGUGUACCCAAAUCCAUUUGCUCCUUUUGCAGCUCAUCAAAUGGGCGGUGUUUUCAACAUAGCGACACAUGUUAUGAUGGAAAAAAUUCUUUGGCAACCAAUAAGCGGCCAAAUUAACCAAUGGAGAACCGAAACCCUUAAAAUACCAGCAUGGAACUCAUCUGUGUCAAUCAAUGAAACUAUUAGAAUGCCAUAUCUAUAUUGCUUUAGUAAAUAUUUGGUUCCAAAACCACCCGAUUGGUCCGGAGAAAUUGAUAUUACAGGGUACUGGGUAUUAAAAAAUUCUUCCCACGAUGAACAAGCACCACAAGACUUACUAGAUUUCUUAAAAAAUGAAGAAGACCCACCAAUUUAUAUAGGUUUUGGUAGUAUUGUAAUUGAAAAUCCAAAUGCACUAUCCCAGCUAUUAGUCGAGGCAAUCAAAUUAUCAGGUAAAAGAGCUAUUAUAUCUCAAGGUUGGGGUGGUCUCAGUUUGGAAGAAACACCUAACUCAAUAGAAGGCUCAUCAUCAUCAAUGAUUUAUUUAUUAAAGAAACCAAUUGAUCAUAGCUGGUUAUUUAAAAAAGUAUCAUUGGUUAUUCAUCAUGGUGGAGCUGGUACAACAGCUGCAGGUUUAUAUGCCAGCAAACCAACUAUUAUCAUUCCAUUCUUUGGUGAUCAAUUCUUUUGGGGUGAAAGAAUUAAAGAAACAGGUAUAGGUACAGCAAUAUCAUUCGAUCAAUUAAACGCAAAACAACUAUCAUCAACUAUUAUAUCAGUUCUAAAUGACUCUUCAAUAGUUGGUAGAGUUUCUAAAAUUUCUAAACUUUUAGAAAAAGAAGAUGGUAUUCAAGAGGCUAUUAAUUUUAUUCAUCGUCAUUUACCUUUUAGCUUUAUUCCACCACGUGAAUUACCAUUCUCAUCAGCCCCCAAUGCAUGUAUGGAUUGUAAACAGCCUUUUAGUUUAUUACAUGUAAUGAAGAUUAGAACUCAUUGUCAUAACUGUGGAAAAAUUUUUUGCGAAAACUGCGCCAAUCAUAAAAUUCCAAUUAAAAAAUUUAGAAUCAAUACUCCUGUUAGAGUAUGCACAGCCUGCUAUAACCAAAUUCAAUCAACCCAAAAUAUCAAUCCUUUUAUUGUAAAUAAUGAUUAAAACAAAUAAUAGUAAUAAUAAAAAAUAAUAAAUAAUACAUAUGCAUGGUUAAAAACAACAAUUUUCGACCC